CAUGCUCAAGAUGGUCAUUACCAAGCAUUGCAGAUUUGAUGGGAACAAGAUAUUUAGAAAUAAAAGAUUCCUGCCAAAGAGAAAGAGGCAAUGUGCCUUCAAGGGCUGAGCUUUGUCUCCUUUGCCAUAACCAGUUCUUUAUAUGGCCCUAUAUGUGUCAUCUUUGUAGUAGUGUGAUCUGCAAAGAUUGCUGCAUCAAAGUGUCUAUGCCAGUAAGACCUUGUGUACGCCUUCCACUUAACUUCUUUAAAGUGAUACAACUGGGCAAGGAAGAUGAUCAUGGCCUGCACAACCAAACAGCUGCACAGCUUUUGUUUGAAGUAGAACAGUGGGAUUCAUCAAGAGUACCUCUUGUGUUUGAACCCCAUUGCUUAACCCCACCCCUUGCCUGCCACUUGAAAAGUAUGAUGGAUUGGCCUUCUAUGGAUAUCUGUAUCAAAUGUGAGCAGUACCUUCUGGAGAUCCUUUCCCAUCAGCCUCCUUGUAGGAAAAGGCCCCUGUCAUGGACUGAAUUGGAAUAAUGUCUUUUAUUACUGUAUAAAAUUGGGCAAAUGUAAACCAGUGAUCUUACAGGCCUAAAUGGGUCAAUCCUAGCUAUUUUUUCUCUCUUCUCAUUCCAUUAAGCUGACUUAGAAAACUAUAC